UCUCUCUCUAUCCCCUCAUCUCCUUUUCACUUCACAUCUCACACCCGUCAAAAUGAUUAUCUACGAGGACAUUAUCUCCGGAGACGAGAUGGUCUCCGACACCUUCAACCUGAAGGUCGUCGACAAGGUCCUCUUCGAGUGCGACUGCCGCAAGUACAUGAAGAGCCAGAACGAGGACUUCCAGCUCGAGGGUGCCAACCCCUCCGCCGAGGACGGUGCUGAGGAUGACGGUGGUGAGGGUGAGAAGAUCAUGGUCCACGACAUUGAGGACCAGUUCCGUCUCGUCUGGCUCAAGACCGAGGAGGGUCUCAAGCCCUCCAAGGAUGCCUUCAAGGGUCACCUCAAGACCUACAUGAAGAAGGUCCUCACCAAGCUCCAGGAGUCCGGUGCCAGCGAGGAGACCAUCGCUGAGUUCAAGUCCGGUGCCCCCGCUGCCGUCAAGAAGAUCCUUGCCAACUACGACAACUACGAUGUCCUCAUGGGUCAGUCCAUGGACGGUGAUGCCAUGCACGUCCUCAUCGACUUCCGUGAAGACGGUGUCACCCCCUACGCCACCCUCUGGAAGCACGGUCUCAAGGAGGUCAAGGUCUAAAGGGAUUUUGCUGCGCGAAUCACAAAGCCUUUUAUUACCUUGUCAAUCGAAAAAAAGAUUAAUAUACCCCACAACCUACCUUAAACGUCCUCCCAAACCCCUCCUGUUGUGCGAAGAAUGUUGUCAUGAAAUCAAGAAAUCUUGGCUCGAAGAACCAAAGAGGGGAUAGACCCCUUUGUGCCUUUUUGACCAAAAGUCACGCCUCAUGAAUUCCAUAACUUUUUAACGGU